CCGGCUCUGAGGGUGGAGACACACCUUCACUCCGGGGUCUUCCCAUUUCUCCCCUGCAGCCCGGCUGCCUGGCCGAUUUCAGGUCCUACGUGUCACCUGCUCGCAGGAAGCCUUCGUCAGGCACGUGGGGGCUGCACUGGAGAUCUGCUGCUUUGGCCGCUGCUGCUGCUGUUUCUUUUUCAAGCUCACUCCUUCCCCGUGCUUGCCGUGCCCUACCCUCUGGUUAGGCCAUCUCUCUCUGUGCUCCGUCCCGGGUAGGGGACUCCGGUUUCUGCUGGAACAGUGAGCAGGACUGGCUUUGGAGUCAGCAAGACCAGAUCUGAACCCCAGCUUUGUAGCUUAGCUAUCGGGAGUAUUACUUAGUUUCUCUGAGCCUCGACUUUCCUCAUCUGUGAGAUGGGUAUAACAAGACCCACCUCGGACAUUUAUUAUGAGGCUUAGGGGAUUGAGUAUAAGCUUGUAGCUUGGUGCUGUGUAGAAAGUCUGUUCACCGAAUCAUUAAUAGUUCACUUUUUCAGUCGCUGGGUAUUUUCACCACCUCUGUAGGCACAGAUCUCAGGCUUGGGCCUGGAAGGGGCAAGUGUCAUGGGGACUGCAAAUCAUGACUUUGUUUUUGCAAGUAAAGGCUAUUUUUGAAUGUGACAAGGUUCUGAGAUCAGAGUCCUGUGAUCUGGAGGAGAGCCCCAGUGCAGGUGGGCCGCUGCUGUCGUGAAGGCACCUCUGGGCCUCUUUCCCUGCCUCGGGGGGCGCGUGGCCUUACACUUGCUCUGCCCUUCUUGUCGGGUUUCUGCAGUUGCUCCUGAAUCAUGACCUUUUCUGUUUAAAAAGGAAGAAUGCUGCCUAAGUGUUUGAGGAAGGGUCUAGAACCUUCUUAAGAAGAUGGACUUUCUGGCCGAGACCAGCCAGUGGAGCUGCUCAGCCCUGCCCGCGUGAACCACAUGCCCGGCUCGGCGGAUGUGGCCUCGGCGCUGCCUUUGCCAGCAGCACCCCCGGCGGUGCCCACGGACCUGCGCCUGGACCACCAGUUUCCGCUGCCCACGACGGAGCCCGGCGUCCGGGAACGGCAGCUGCAGCAGGAGCUCCUGGCCCUCAAGCAGAAGCAGCAGCUCCAGAGGCAGAUCCUCAUCGCCGAGUUCCAGAGGCAGCACGAGCAGCUCUCCCGCCAGCACGAAGCGCAGCUCCACGAGCACGUCCGCCAACAGCAGGAGCUGCUGGCCGUGAAGCACCAGCAGGAGCUGCUAGAACAUCAGCGCAAGUUGGAGAGGCACCGCCAGGAGCAGGAGCUGGAGAAGCAGCACCGAGAGCAGAAGCUGCAACGGCUCCGGAACAAGGAGAAAGGCAAAGAGAGUGCUGUGGCCAGCACAGAAGUGAAGAUGAAGCUACAGGAGUUUGUCCUCAAUAAAAAGAAGGCGCUGGCCCACCGGAACCUGAACCACUGCAUGUCCAGUGACCCUCGCUACUGGUAUGGGAAGACGCAGCACAGCUCCCUGGACCAGAGCUCCCCGCCCCAGAGCGGGGCGUCGGUCUCCUACAGCCACCCGGUCCUGGGCAUGUACGACGCCAAAGAUGACUUUCCUCUCAGAAAGACAGCUUCUGAACCCAAUCUGAAAUUACGCUCCAGGCUAAAGCAGAAAGUGGCUGAACGACGGAGCAGCCCCCUGUUACGCAGGAAAGAUGGGCCAGUGGUCACGGCUCUAAAAAAGCGUCCUUUGGAUGUCACAGACUCGGCCUGCAGCAGCGCCCCAGGCUCUGCACCCAGCUCACCCAACAACAGCUCUGGGAGCGCCAGCGCGGAGAACGGGAUUGCGCCCGCGGUCGCCAGCAUCCCGACCGAGACCAGCCUGGCGCACAGACUUGUGACGCGAGAAGGCUCGGUGGGCCCGCUGCCCCUGUACACGUCGCCAUCCCUGCCCAACAUCACGCUGGGACUUCCCGCCACCGGCCCCUCCGCGGGGGCGGCCAGCCAGCAGGAGGCCGAGAGACUGGCCCUCCCGGCCCUCCAGCAACGCAUCUCCCUCUUCCCGGGCACCCACCUCACCCCCUACCUGGGCAGCGCACCCCUGGAGCGCGACUCGGGGGCGGCUCCCAGCUCCCUCCUGCAGCACGUGGUCCUCCUGGAGCAGCCGCCCGCGCAGACACCCCUCGUCGCAGACCGCUACCUUGCAGGCCUGGGAGCGCUGCCCCUGCACGCGCAGCCCCUGGUGGGGGCGGAGCGCGUGUCCCCGUCGGUGCACAAGCUGCGGCAGCACCGCCCGCUGGGCCGCACGCAGUCGGCGCCGCUGCCCCAGAGCGCGCAGGCGCUGCAGCACCUGGUGGUCCAGCAGCAGCACCAGCAGUUCCUGGAGAAGCACAAGCUGCACCUCAGCAAGAUCAUCCCCAAGGCGAGCGAGCCAGCCCGGCAGCCCGAGAGCCACCCCGAGGAGACGGAGGAGGAGCUGCGCGAACACCAGGCCCUCCUGGAGGAGCCCUUCCUGGACCGGCCCUCGGGGCCGAAGGAGACGCACGCGCUGGCCGGGGUGCAGGUGAAGCAGGAGCCCACCGAGAGCGAUGAGGAGGAGGCGGAGCCGGGCCAGCGGCAGCCGUCCGAGCAGGAGCUGCUGUUCAGACAGCAAGCCCUCCUCCUGGAGCAGCAACGGGUCCACCAGCUGAGGAGCUACCAGGCGUCGAUGGAGGCUGCCGGCAUCCCCGUGUCCCUCGGCAGCCACCGGCCUCUGUCCCGGGCGCAGUCCUCCCCCGCGUCCGCCACCUUCCCCAUGUCUGUGCAGGAGCCCCCGACCAAGCCGCGGUUCACCACAGGCCUCGUGUACGACACGCUGAUGCUGAAGCACCAGUGCACCUGUGGAAACACCAACAGCCACCCGGAGCACGCCGGGCGCAUCCAGAGCAUCUGGUCCCGGCUGCAGGAGACCGGCCUUCGAGGCAAAUGCGAGUGCAUACGUGGACGCAAGGCCACCCUGGAGGAGCUGCAGACAGUGCACUCAGAGGCGCACGCCCUGCUCUACGGCACGAACCCCCUGAACAGGCAGAAACUGGACAGUAAGAAACUUCUAGGCUCCCUAACGUCGGUGUUUGUCAGGCUGCCCUGCGGUGGUGUCGGGGUGGACAGUGACACCAUAUGGAACGAGGUCCACUCGUCGGGGGCAGCCCGCCUGGCCGUGGGCUGCGUGCUGGAGCUGGUCUUCAAGGUGGCCACGGGGGAACUGAAGAAUGGCUUUGCCGUGGUCCGCCCCCCAGGACACCACGCAGAGGAGAGCACGCCCAUGGGGUUCUGCUACUUCAAUUCCGUGGCCGUCGCAGCCAAGCUUCUCCAGCAGAGGCUAAGUGUGAGCAAGACCCUCGUGGUGGACUGGGACGUGCACCACGGCAACGGGACCCAGCAGGCCUUCUACAGUGACCCCAGCGUCCUGUACAUCUCGCUGCACCGCUACGACGACGGGAACUUCUUCCCGGGCAGCGGGGCACCUGACGAGGUGGGCACGGGGCCCGGCGUGGGCUUCAACGUCAACAUGGCUUUCACCGGCGGCCUUGAUCCCCCCAUGGGAGACGCAGAGUACUUGGCGGCCUUCAGAACUGUGGUCAUGCCGAUCGCCAGCGAGUUUGCCCCGGACGUGGUGCUGGUGUCAUCGGGCUUCGACGCCGUGGAGGGCCACCCCACGCCCCUCGGAGGCUACAACCUCUCCGCCAAAUGUUUUGGGUACCUGACGAAGCAGCUGAUGGGCUUGGCUGGCGGCCGGAUCGUUCUGGCGCUGGAGGGGGGCCACGACCUCACAGCCAUUUGCGACGCCUCGGAAGCCUGCGUCUCUGCUUUGCUGGGAAACGAGCUUGACCCUCUCCCAGAAAAGGUUUUACAGCAGAGACCCAAUGCGAACGCUGUCCGGUCGAUGGAGAAGGUCAUUGAAAUCCACAGUAAGUGGCGUGGUCCGGUGCUCAGCUGGGAGACCCUCCUGGGGGAGAGACCCAAGGGAGGAGGGAGGACCCCGUGGCCCCGUCUCCCACCCCUGGGCUUCUGUCUCUCUCACUGCCAGCUGCUUCCCCAGGCCGACAUGACAGGGACUCGCGUUCAGCUAGAAUGCAACGAGCUGGCAGAGACUCUCGUUUUACCCCCGUUCAUUUCCCCACAACCGGCUACGGUCCUGUCAUUGGCACCGCUUUGUGGGGUGAAAGAACUGAGGCUCAAGGGGUCUGUGAGGUCACUUGCUCUGGGUCCGCAGCUGGCGGGGGGUGGGGACUUGUGCGUGAGCCUGUGUCCUCGGGUCUGGCCUCUACCCCUGGACCAGAGGAUCCCACCCCAUAGCUCAGAGACCCUCAGCCCGCAGAGACCCAGCGCCGGGUGCAGCCCCCUUCCCGGCCGGCCUCCUGCCCUGCCCUCAUCACACAGCUGCUUGUCCUGGUCUUCGGGGUGACCUAGUCAUCAGACUGUCCGUGUGGGUGGGUGGAAGCCAGGGUUUCCCCGCUGUGGCCUCAAGCUCCCGGCCUCGGGGCCAUUCCCCCCCAGCCUCCCCGGUGGGGGGAGAGGCUGCCUGGGCCCCCGGGCCUCCCAGCACUGCCCCCCCCAUCAUCUCGGUGGCUCCAGGAGGGAGCGGGGAGGCACCCCCCGGCAGGCCACAGCACCCCGAGGGAGGGG